AUGUCGCGAAUGCAAACCCUCGAGGAGAAACACCCGGAACUCUUCCGGCCAGACCUCAACAUCGACCGCCGCAAGUGUACACGAACAGUCCCCAUGGAAGUCCUCGCCCUCGGAAUGUCACGAACAGGCACAUCCUCGAUGCAGCGAGCCCUCAUGAUCCUCGGCUACAACGAAGUAUACCACGGCUUCGCCAUGUUCGCCAACCCCUGCGAAGUCGAACUCUGGAAGGAAGCCUUCCACAGAAAAUACGACCUCCAGCCCGGACAGGAACCUCUCGGGCGCAAAGACUUUGAUCAGCUCCUCGGACACUGCGGUGCCAUCUGCGACUAUCCCGCCAACUGCUUCGGCCCCGAGAUGCUCGAGGCGUACCCAGACUCCAAGGUUGUGCUCGUAGAGCGAGACGUGGAGGCUUGGUACAAGAGCUUCAAUGACAGUAUCAUUAGUACCAUGUAUAACCCGUUCUGGCGCUUUCUCGCUGCCAUCGGGGCUAGGUACGUCUCCGAGAUUGACGGCCUAACGACGGUGUGGUUCAAGUACCACUUCAAGGCGACGACAAAGGAGGAGAUCCAGGCCAAUGUGCGAGAGGGAUACAAGCAACACUACAAGAACGUGAGAGAAACCACACCCCCUGAGCGGGUUCUCGAGUACAGCCUCAAGGAUGGAUGGGAGCCUCUGUGCAAGUUCCUGGGCAAGCCCAUUCCUGAUGUGCCGUUUCCGCACAUCAAUGAUCAGGAGUCGUUCCACGAAAAGUUGACCAUCAUCAUGAAGAAGGGGGCUAAGGCGUUUGCGCGCAACUUGACGUAUGUCGCUAUUCCGAGUAUCAUCGCGACAGCGGCAUAUUACUUUGCGACGAGUGACAUGGGCAGUGGGUUGCUGUCGUCUAUUCCAAGUCAGGUCAGGAACUCGGGUGUUGUGAACUGA